AUGAAAAAUUAUUAAUCUUAACCCAUGUAAUCAAGUGGAAGAGGUAGUUUACAAGAGAAUCCAUAAUUCAUGGAUUUUAAGCCAAAAAAGAGCAAUAGCAAAAUAAUGAAGACUGAGAGUACAACUACUACUGCCAAAAAUCCAAAAUAAGAUUUAUUAGAGUACUUUAAAAAGGAGAGGAAUACUAUUACUUAGGUAACUAAUAAUAUCAAGACUUAAUUGUAAUAAAGCAGAAGCAUCGAUAAUUUAAAUAGUCAGAAAAGCGAACGCUUAAAAAUAUCAAAUCGUAUCCAAACAGAGGAAGGCAACUCAAAUAAGAAAUCACUUUUAAAAGGGAAGAAUUUCUCUCUUGCCAAUCUGCAAAUUGAUACUAAACUUUCAAAAAAUACUAUCAAAUACAAUAAAUUGAUUCAGAUGCCAUAAAACACCAAUAAAUAACCAAAAUCUACAGUAGACUAAUACUUUCAAGAUCUUUAAAUUAAAAGUGCAAAGGAUUAGAAUAAUUUUUAACCAAUUGACUAUUAGCAAUACUUUACGAUUAGACAAAAUAAGUAAUCCUUACUGUAAGAUUCUCAAACAUUAAAGUACUCUAUUGAAUAGAUUCUAAAUAAAAAUAAGAACCAAUUCCAUAGAAAUAAUACUGAAGUGAGAUCCACAAAUCAAUCAACAUAACAAAGAAGUGAUUCAUUGAAAAAGAAUCUUAGAGAAGAAUAAAAUCAUUACGAUCCCCAAAAGUAAUUAAAGAUCAUUUUAAAUUACAAAGGAUAAAAAUAUCAUUAUCACUUUAACUUCAUAGGUUAGACUACUGACAAUUUAUACAAUUAUUUGAUUUAAUAAAUUGCAUGUAUUGAAAAGUCAUUCAUGAAACAAGGAGGAGGAACAGGAUCAACUGAAGAAGUCUAGAUUUAAGAAGAAAUCAAUAAAAUAUGUCAAUUCUACACAACCUAAAAAAAUAUCCCUUAUGAUUAUUAUCUAAGUUUACCAAAUCUCUCUUUGAAUGUGUUCUAGGGUAUUACUCUACAACUACAACCCUUGACUUCAUAGUCUCUUUAUGGCAAGAAAGUAUCAUUGAGAGAUUUCACUUUGGUUAAGUGCAUUGGGGUUGGAGGAUUUUCAAGAGUAUAUUUAGUAAGGAAAAGAGACAAUGGUAAAUUUUAUGCUCUAAAAUUGAUUGACAAAAGUUUCAUCAUGGAAAACUAAAAAGAGGUGAUAGUUUAAAAUGAAAGAGAUAUUAUGGUCAAUAUGAGUAACGAAUUCAUUACUCCCUUACAUUUUGCAUUCGAAACUAAAUAUUAUAUCGCAUUUGUAUUGGAUUAUUGUGCUGGAGGGGAACUCUUCUACCAUUUAAGAAAAUUGAAACGCUUUACUGAAGUAGAUGCAAAAUAUUACUUUGUUGAAAUAUGCAUAGGAAUGGCAUAUCUGCAUUCAAAGGAUAUAGUCUACAGAGAUAUCAAACCAGAAAACAUACUCUUAGAUUUAAAUGGACAUCUUUUGUUGAGUGAUUUUGGUUUAAGCAAACCCAAUAUGACUAAUCAAGAUUUAGCCUACUCUUUUUGUGGGUCUCCAGAGUACAUGGCUCCAGAGAUGCUCAUGAAAACUGGUCACAAUUAUUUGGUUGAUUGUUAUUGUUUAGGUGCUCUUCUAUAUGAGUUAGUAACAGGUUUGCCUCCCUUCUAUUCGCAUAACACUCAAGAAAUCUACACUUCCAUCUUAUCUGAAUAGGUGGAAUUCCCUCCUUAUGUUUAAGUCUCAGACCUUUUGAAAGAUUUAAUUUACUAGCUCUUGGAGAAGGAUCCACAAGAGAGACUGGGAUAAUCUUAGGGGAUAAUUGAGAUCUUGAGCCAUCCUUGGUUUGCUGAUAUCAACUUUGAAGCUAUAGUUAAUAGAAAAAUCAACCCUCCUUACAGACCAGAACCUCUGAAAUACAAUUUCGAUGAAGAAGAAUUCAAUAAAGGUGAUUCAGAAUUUAGGAAAUAAUAUGCGAUUAAUCUUUAAAAAGAAUAUGUGAAUACUGAUAAUAACCCAAAUUUUAUACUAAGAAAUUUUUACUUCUCCAGAGAAGACCUUCCUCAAAAACCUGAACACAAGCCAAAUAGAUCUAAUCAUGUGAAUUUAGCAUAACUUAAUGUGGAAAAUAUUCCUAAUUCCGAUAUCAAUUCCCCUGAAAGAUAAAGAUAAAUAUCUCCUCAGGAGGCUAGAAGAGUGCCCAAAUAUUCUGGUAAAUCUGAAAUCUCAGAUCUCUUAAAGAGAAAUGAAUUUUCAAAUAAGUCAGCUUCUUUAAUCCAAUCCUCCAAAAUUACUCACGCUUAUUCAAAGACUAUGUAAUAAUAGAAUUAAAAUCAGGACAUCAAAGUACUCAAAUAAAUUCUGGAAUCGACAAAAGGUUAAACUAGUUCUGAAAGAACUGCUACCUUACCUGAUUAAAACAUUCAUAAAAAUGAAAACAAUCGAAUCAAAACCGAAUAGUUUGCUUAAAUAGUCUAUCCUAAAACUACUACGAAUUAUUAGUUUAAUAAAAAUUUAAAUAUGUAAAAAUUAUUUGGGUCUGAAAAGAGAUAAAAAUGA